AUGUCAAUUGAGGUCACGGUUAUAUCCGCCGAGGGUUUGCAAUCGAGCCGUAAACAACCCGUGAAGAAAAACUCGUUUGUCCUCAUCAGAUCCGACCCGUUUACAUCCCGAUCGACUGAUGUCGAUAGAGAUGGCGGGAGCUACCCGUUUUGCAACCAGAAACUGACGAUGGAGUUGCCGGAAAACGCCCGUUUCAUAACCGUGGAAGCCCACGCCGGCGGCCAAGCCAUCGGGGCAGCGAAUAUUCCGGUGGAGGAUUUCACCGGAGGCCACCUGCCGGAGAAUUAUUUGAGUUUCUUGAGUUAUAGGCUGAUGGACGGUGGUGGGGGGAAGAACGGGAUCGUUAAUGUGUCGGUGAAGGUGAACGGGCGGUCGAAAGGUGGUUUGAUGGGGCGGCGGCCGGUUGGUGUGGUUAAGGCGGAGACGGCGGACUUUUUGUUGUAA